AUGGCGUUUACUUCUUCGCUCGGUAGAUCUGCGUCGUCGCCUGUUCUCGAUGGCGACACUUUCCGACCGUCGGAGCGAUGUAAGGUAUCGUUUGGUGGCGUUAACCAGAUUGGCAAUGCUGUGAAAUUCCAGUCUAGCAUCUUCCGGAGUAAUGCCCCUGUAGAUUUAUCUUUGCUACAGAAGUGUUCUGUUCGCAGUAUUCAGCCUAUCAAAGCAACAGCGACAGAAGUACCUACAACAGUUCCCAAAUCGCACAGAAGUGGGAAAACAAAGAUUGGCAUCAAUGGUUUUGGACGCAUUGGAAGAUUAGUUUUGCGGAUAGCAACUUUCAGAGAUGAUAUUGAUGUGGUGGCAGUAAAUGAUCCUUUUAUUGAUGCAAAGUACAUGGCAUACCUGUUAAAAUAUGAUUCAACUCAUGGACCAUACAAGGGAACAAUCCAAGUUGUUGAUGAGUCCACUCUGGAAAUCAAUGGAAAGAAGAUCAAAGUUAGUAGCAAAAGGGAUCCAGUUGAGAUCCCUUGGGGUGAUUACGGGGCUGAUUACGUAGUCGAGUCAUCUGGAGUCUUUACCACUGUUGAGAAAGCAUCAUCACACAAAAAGGGUGGUGCUAAGAAGGUCGUAAUCUCAGCUCCAUCAGCUGAUGCACCUAUGUUUGUAGUUGGUGUGAAUGAGAACACUUACAAGCCCAGCAUGGAUGUCGUUUCCAAUGCUAGCUGUACCACCAAUUGCCUUGCUCCUUUGGCUAAGGUUGUGCAUGAAGAGUUUGGCAUUUUAGAGGGUCUAAUGACAACUGUCCAUGCAACUACAGCCACACAGAAGACAGUUGAUGGUCCUUCAAGGAAGGACUGGAGAGGUGGCCGUGGAGCAGGACAAAACAUCAUCCCUAGUUCUACUGGUGCCGCUAAGGCUGUUGGGAAAGUUCUUCCAGAACUCAAUGGGAAGCUCACUGGAAUGGCUUUCCGUGUUCCAACUCCUAAUGUGUCUGUUGUGGACUUAACCUGUCGGCUUGACAAGAGUGCUUCUUACGAGGACGUGAAAGCAGCCAUAAAGUAUGCAGCAGAGGGCCCUUUGAAAGGCAUUCUUGGGUACACGGAUGAAGAUGUGGUCUCCAGUGAUUUUGUUGGCGAUUCCAGGUCCAGCAUAUUUGAUGCUAAGGCUGGAAUAGGCCUUAGCAAGUCUUUCAUGAAGCUCGUCUCUUGGUAUGACAACGAGUGGGGUUACAGUAACCGUGUGUUGGACCUGAUCGAGCAUAUGGCUUUGGUGGCAGCUACUAAGUAA